AUGAUCACCGAAGUAUCCAAGCGGAUAAAGGCACUGUACAAUCGAACCAAGUUAAAGGGCUCACUGCACGGGAGCUCCCCCAAGUGGGUAAUCUUCAGUUGCGGCCAGUAG